UAAUUUGCCGUUAGCGUUGAUUGCUUCGAUAUUUGCUCAUCAUAAUGGAGAAAUUUAAUUAUUAAUCAAAACAAGGUACAAUAUCUAGAGGUUCACGUUUAAAAUUCAUGUCCAAUUAUAUAUUUCUUUUGGGCAUAUGAUUGUUAUUCACUUCGGUAAAAUGAAAGGGUCCAAUAACAACAACAACAGGCCACUUGAUGCAGCACAAGAGGCCAUAGCCAAGGUGAAUGCCAUGCUGAUAGCCAAGGGAAAACUAAAGCCAUCUCAACUUGGGGGCUCCAACACAAAAAAGUCUGGCUCUCAGAACAACAUCUUCACUCGUGAGGUAGAGAUAAAUGAUGUUCCCAUAGGAUGUCGGAACCUGCUGACCCGUGGGGCCACACAGGAGGAGAUCUCCAAGUCUAGUGGGGCUUCAGUUGCAACUAAAGGUCGCUAUAUGACACAAGAAGAUAGAGCUAGAAAUCCUAGAGAGCGACCCCUGUACCUGAAUGUUCAAGGCAACUCACAGGAUGCUGUCAAUUUGGCAGUGGGUAAAAUAAAUGAUAUCAUAGCAAAUGGAAUGGCUCGUCAGAGUCCAAGGAUGAGUCGUUUCUCCCAGGGCGGCAGUAACGGCCCACGACAUUCCCACGCCCAGGGGCCACCAAGAAUGACAUCACCACGGCAACAACUGGGCAACAAUGUGUCCAUCACUCCUCAGCCCACAAUACAGCUGUUGGAGGAGAAGCUGUACAUUGGUCUGGAACAUGCCCCUCCCAACUUCAGUGUCAAGGACAAGAUAUUGGGGGCAGGGUGCUCAUUCCUGCAGCACAUCCAGGCUGAAACAGGGGCCAAGGUGACCUUGAGGGGCAAGAGGUCAGGCUUCCUGGAGACCAACACAGGACAAGAGGCCAUGGAGCCCAUGCAUGUACAUCUACAACACGUGAGUCAUGUGGGGCUAAAGCAGGCCCGGGACCUGGCCACCAACCUCAUACAGACGGUACAGCAGGAGUACGCUUCUUUCCAGCAGUCGCUCGUGAUGAUUCCUCCGCCAAACAUGGUGCCCCAGCCACCACCUAUGACAGUGCCACCACCAACUGUAGUCAGCAUGGCCCAACCUCCUCCACUCUUACCAGGUCAUCAAGUCAUGACUUCGAUGCCUCCCCCAACCAUGAUGCAUCACCCCCCACCACUGCAAUCAACAUACUCCUACAUCACACAAGGGCCUGGGGUGAGUCUACCAGCACCUGGUGUAGUGAUCCCACAGCUAGCUACCAGUCCAUCACCUGGUCACAUGAUGCAGCCGCCCAUGCAGACAUUUGUGCCUCCCUCCAGUCAGCCCCUACAGCUUGUCCAUUCCUCUGACCAGCAGUAUAUGGGUGGUCAGCCUCCCCAGCAGGUGUUUGUGAGUGCAGGUGGGCCUGGUCAGCCAGGCACCAUGGUGCUGACCACUGUCCAGCAACACAUGCAGCAGCCCCAGAUGUUGCCCCAGGGUGCUAUCCAGUACCAGCAGUCAGGCCCUGCCCCUCCCAUGGGCUCCAUGCCCCAGACCCUGAUCCAUGCACCCCCAGGCUCAAUGCCCCAGACCCUGGUUUCAGCCCCGCCGGGUAUGCAUCAUCAGACAGUACCUGUGCAGGUCUCCUACCAGUCUCAACACCAGCAAAUCAUGGCCCCACCAGGUAUGGUGAGCACCCAACAGUUCAUCCCACAUACGGUCUACCAGACCUCCAUCCCCCAGACGUCUGUCACGGUGCUCCAGCCAGCUCCCUCCCCACAGCCCUACCAGCUUCCACCCCCGGGCCACCUAGAGCCCCAGCCCUUGGGCUCCCCACAGCAGAUGGUCCAGCAGCCACCUCCAGCCAGUGGCCCCUGGGGUGGCCCUGUAGUUUCGUACGCCUCUGGGUCAACUGGGGCUCCGAUCCUUACUCAUCAGCCACCUCCCCACAGCACGGUGGUGUAUUCUGUACCACAGUAUAGUCAGAGUGGAGAAUACACGUUCUCGAUGACCCCACCCCAGUCUGUUGCCAUGGUGACCUCGUCCAGUGUCCCCAUGGUGACCUCGGCACCCUCCAACUACGUGUACAAGCCUGGACCCAUAGAGGAACCACGGAGGAGAUUCACUGAGGAGAGGGAUGACAAGCUGCCUGAAGGACUGCUUGGAUAUGAGCAUGGCCCACCCCACCUGACCAACCUGAUGGUUCAAGCUGGGCAACAGCACAACCAGUCACCAAGCCACCAUCCAGGGUACCAGCCUUAUGUCAAAACCUCCGCAGCAGUCUGAACAAGUCUACACCGAACAGAUAAUGCAGGGUCAGCCAGUACUGGUGGAGACAGGGCCCCAGUUUGUGUACAGCUCCAGUCCAGGCCACCAACCAAUCCUGGUAUCUCAGCAACCAGGACCUCUUCAACCCGGCCCGCCUCAACCGUACACAUCCAUGCAACCGCCGGG